AUGACCUCCGUCGACCCCUUCGACUCGGCUCUCGACCUCCUCCGCCGCUUGAACCCGAAACACACGACCGACCAUCUCAAUGCCAUCAUAUCUCUGGCUCCCGAUCUGACUGAGGACCUCCUCUCAUCCGUCGACCAGCCCCUGACGGUGAAGCGUUGCAAGCAAACAGGCCGCGACUACCUACUCUGUGACUACAACCGCGACGGCGACAGCUACCGGUCACCCUGGAGCAAUCAGUUUGACCCGCCCCUCGACGAGGCUGGUGCCGGCGGUGUCGGUGCCGGCGGUAGCGAGGGUGCGGGCGAGGGCGCCAUCCCGAGCGAACGCGUCCGCAAGAUGGAGGUCCGCGCCAACGAGGCGUUUGACGUCUACCGCGAUCUAUACUACGAGGGCGGUGUGAGCAGUGUGUACUUUUGGAACCUGGAUGAUGGUUUCGCGGGCGUUGUUCUUCUGAAGAAGUCCGCAACGCCCGGUGGCAGCGCCGAGGGCAUCUGGGACUCGAUCCACGUUUUCGAGGCUAUCGAGCGCGGUCGCACGACGCAGUAUAAGCUCACCUCUACUGUCAUUCUCUCACUCUCGACGUCGACGGGCGCCCUAGGUGACAUGGAUCUCAGUGGCAACAUGACGCGGCAGGUCGAGCAGGAGCUGCCCGUUGAGGGCGAUGAGAGCCACAUCGCAAACGUUGGUCGUCUAGUCGAGGACAUGGAGCUCAAGAUGCGCAACUUGCUGCAGGAGGUCUAUUUCGGCAAGGCCAAGGACGUUGUCGGCGAUCUGCGCAGCGUCGGCAGCCUCAGCGAGGGCGCGCGGGACCGCGCGGCGCAAAGGGAGAUUAUCGGCAGCAUGCAGAGGUGA